AUGGCUGCCGCUCAGAAAUUUGCCCUUUCGCUGCUCUGCCUGUGUCUGCUGUGUGAUUUUGCCUGGUGUCAGCAGCUGGCCAACAACAACUCCGACGCGGAUGUGACUGAAAGUCGCACUUUUGGGCAUCAUAUGCUGCGUCGCAUUAGCUUUGCCUUGGUGCCGGUCGCCUUUGUUGUGGGCGUUAUUACCACAUUGCUGGCAGCGCUGACUGUUGUCUCGAUAAAGGGUCUGGGUGUGGGUGUCAUCCUACUCGUGCUGGCCAUCGGUCAGAUGCUGUCCCGUGCUCUGCCCGUGCAUGCCGCCGCUGCAUAUACGGCUGCUCCCGCUCCGCUUCCCGUUGUCUACUCCCACUCGCACACACAGCAGCCCGUCUGGCUGGAGAAGGAGUGGUAG